AUGAACGAUCAUUUCCUUUCCUCUUCCAGUGCUCUCUGUGCUCGUCUCACUUCCUCCCCACCUUUUCCCUCCCGUCUUCCCACCAUCAGCCCGCCUGCCCAGCACCGCCCGCCAACCGGCAUCGAAGUGCUCUUUGCCCUCCGCCCCUCCUCAACUGCCGCUCCUUCCCCUGCCGCUCCCUCCACUGCCGCUCCCUCAUCUGCCGCUACCUUCCCUGCCGCCCCCUCCUCUGAUUUUCCUCCCUCUGCCGCUGCACCCUGCCUUGGUGUUCCUUCACCUGAUGCUGUUCCCUCCACUGCUGCCGACAAGAGCUCGAUACAAGCACCCUCUGCUACGCUCUCCGUGAUUCCUGCUAAGAGCUUGAUAGAAGCACCGUCUGGUGCUCCCUCCUCUGCUCCCACUAAGACUUCGUUACAGGCACCCUUCCCUGCGACUUCCACAGCCACUCCCACAAGUGCCCCCCCUGCCUUAGCCUCCACUCUCCCGGUUAAGAGCACAUGCCAAAAACCCUCUGCUCCUCCUCCUCCCCCUCCUCCCUCUAAGCGCCCGUCGAAGGAACCCUUGUCUACUGCCGACACAGCCUUUGGCAAGCCUGCCUUCUCCUCUGCCACUGCUGUCACAGCCCCUCACAAGAGCGCAGCAGUAACCACCCCCUCUCCUCGCCCUACUGCCCACUUCAAGACCUCGUUACAAGCACCCUCUGCUGCUCCCUCUACCGCACAAUGCAAGACCUUGUCAGAAGCACCAUCCGCUGCUGCUCCCUCCACUGCCCCUGCUAAGGGUGCAUUGGGCGACCCCCCUGUUCUUUCCACUGCUGCUCCCAAGACCUUGUUUCGAAAAAACCCUGCUGCUCCCGGCCAGGCCCCUAUUAAGCAUUCUUCAAAAGCACCCCUAGCUGCUCCCACCACUGCCUCUGUAAACAAUGCUCCGGAAGGCUGGCGGUUGGAUGUGGGUGGUGCAGGUGUGGAAAGGCGUGGUGGUGGGAGGGAGGCAGAGGAGGGUCCGUGGAGAGAGGGCGGUAGACCUGGGAAGGGCGCAGAAAGCGAAGGGAGUGGUGGGCAUGUGAAGAGUGGUGGGGUUGUGAGGAAUGCUGCGGUUGUGAGGAGUGGGAGCAAGGAAGGCAGGGGGUAUGGGAAGAGUGUGAAGGUCGGUGGCAGGGUAGGGGCAGGGAAAGGUGGAGUGGACGGUGGAGAUGCAGGGAGGGGGGGAGCCGACGGUGCAGAUGCAGGGAGGGGUGGAGCGGACGGUGCAGAUGCAAGGAGUGCAGGGAAGGAUGCGAAGGCCGGUGGCAAGACAGGUGCUGGGUCAGGUGCAGGGAGUGUGGGGAAGAGUGGUGUCGGACCAGGAGGCUUGUGGUCAGCAAGGGAGGAGGGCGUGGGAGGUGCGCCACAGGGGCCAAAGGCCAUGCGGCAUGAUGCUGGGGCACUGCGAUGUGAUGUGUGCUUCCAACCGGGAGAGGCGCCCUACAAUCCUUUCCUCUGCUGCUCGCUCUGCGCCACAGCAGUCCACCAGCUCUGCUACGGCGCUGUGGGCCUCCCCCCCCUCUGGGCUGCGCGCUCCCUCCUUUCCUCUGCCAUCCACACCCCCCCCCUGCCGCCGCUGCUCCCACUGGAAGCUGGGGAAAAGGGAGAGAGGGCGGAGGGGGCUGGGGCGGAGACGGGAGGAGAAGGGGGGGAACCAAUGCAGGGUGGAUGCGGUGGGGGUGCUGCUGGUGCGGGCAGUUCUGGUGGCAGUGCUGCUGCUGGUGAGGGCGUGCAGUUGACCAAGCAGGCAGUGGCGAGGCGGUUCAAGUGGCGCUGUGUGCCGUGCCAUCUCUACGCCCGCGCGUGCAGCAGCAGUGGUGGUGACGCUGCUAGCAGCACCUGCUCCCAGCCGCCUCCCCUCACCUGUUCCUUGUGCCGCGUUACCGGAGGGGGUGCGUUCAAGCCGUGCGUGGAUGGUCCUCUCCCCCCUGAUGCCGAGGGGCAUGUGGGGCGGGGGGAGCGGGACGAGUGGGAAGGGCCUGGCAAGCGUGGGGAGGGCGUGGGGCAGGCAGAGGUGCAAUUGACAGAGGGGCGUUCUGUGAAGGCUAGGCACGUGGGAGGAGCAGGGGGAGUAGGGAUGAGAGGGGAAGCUGGCGGGGAGUUGGAUGUGGGUGCUGCUGGUCCUGUCGCGCUGAAAGAAGAGCGGAGCGGGGUGAAGGAGGGAGUUCAGCAGAGGGUGGUGCAGAGGGAGCGUGGCAGCGGUGGGAGGGAUGCAGCAGGGGAGGUGAAUAGAUCUUGCAGUGCAAGUGGGAGCGGUGGAGGUCGAGGGAAGGGUGACCCAGGCAGGGGUCAUGAUGACAAGGCCAUGCGUUUACAAGUCACUGACGCGUUUCAAGUGGGCAGCGCGAAACAGCAAGGAGACGUGGAUAUGCCUCUUGCGUCGAGGGACAUGCCGCCUGCUUCGAAGCGCAUGCCAGCUGCGUUGAGGCACCUGCGCUGGGUGCAUAUCACAUGUGCUCUCUUCGACUGCCAUGUGUUCUUCGGCAGUGCUGAGUCCCUCCAACCCAUCAUGGGUGUGGCAACUGCUGCAAAGAAGAGGGCAGAAAGCAGACAACAUUCAGUAUCAGCAGCAACAGCAGCCGGUGUUUCAGCAGCAGCAGUGGCGCGCUGUGCAUUCUGCCAUCAGCCGGACGGCCCUCUUGACCUGCUGCCCUGUGCCUUCCCUCUCUGCGCCACCCGCUUUCACGUUCGCUGUGGCCUGAUGCAUGGCUGCUCCGCUAUUGUGCGAGAGACCGACCUGUACCAGAGACAGGUAACGGCCUUCUGUGCCGCACACGCUGCAGGUGUGCAGGGGGGUGAGGAGGCAACAGCCUCUCCCACAGGUGCCCAUGCCACGCAUGGCACUGCUAAACAUGAGAACGCAGCUAUGGUUUCUGACAAAGGUUGUGGUGGGGCUCAGGUGGAGAGGGAGAAGAGGCGUGCAGACGGAGAGGCGGGGCACGUGGGGCCAGUGAAUGCGGCUGUUGAUGAGACGGCUCAAGAGUGGGAGUUAUGGUGUCUGGGGGAGCACAUGGGGGCAGUGAGGGAGCAUAUGGGAGCAGUGAGGGAGCAUUGGAGGAAGCGACGGGAGGCGAAUGGAGGCAUGCCGUCGCUGCUUCACCUCGCGCACGCCCGAAUGCAGCAGCUAGAGGCAGCUCAGCUCACACCAUCAACUCCCUUCCACGAGAACACCUCUCCUUCCUCCAACCUCCCCAGUCCUUGUGUUGCUGCUUCCGCCUCUGCUGCUGCCCCUGCUGCUGCCUCCGUUGAUGGUGAUGGUGGAGAUGAUGGGGUGAGUGCUGAUGGCGCAAGGGAUCCCUGGGAGACACAGGAGCACGAUGAGCGGAAGAAAAAGAGCGGCAAGGGGAGAGCAGGAGUGGUGGCAAAGCCCUCCUACACGUGCCGUGGAUGCCUGGGCCUCGAGGAAAAGGCACGUGCGGAUGCAGGUGCGAGUGGGGAUGCGGUCGCUUAUGGGGAUGCGGGUGUGCCUGCACGUUUAACAGCACAGGCAGGUGCGGGUGGUUAUACAGAUAAGGGUGUUUGCAGAGAAGGGGGGGCUGUGGUGGGGGGCGAUGGGGUAGGUGUGGAGGGAGGUGGGCGGCAGAAGAGGUUGCAGGAGGUGAUGUGGGGAGAAGGGGGCGGUGAGGAGGUGGUUGAAAACGGUGCAAAGGUGGUUGGGGGAGGGCGUGUGAAGCGAGGGAGGAGGCAGGAGGAAGAGGAGAAGUCAUUGGGUUAUGAGGAAGGGAAGGAAGAAAACGAGGAGCAGGAGGAGGAGGAGGAGGAGGAGGAGGAGGAGAAGGAGGAGGAGGAGGAGGAGGAGGAAGAGGAGGAAGAGGAGGAGGAGAGGCGGGGUGGGAGAGACAUUGAUUUUGAAGAGGAGAUAGGGGUGGGUCUGCUGGGCAGGGGUGGAAGGGGUGGGCUUAGGGGAAGGGACGUGUGGGAAGUAAGUGAGGGGACAGGUGGGAAGAGGAGCGAGGAGGAGGAGGGGAAGGAGGAGGAGGAGGAGGAGGAGGAGGAGGAGGAGGAGGAGGAGGAGGAGGAGGAGGAGGAGGAGGAGGAGGAGGAGGAGGAGGAGGAGGAGGAGGAGGAGGAGGAGGAGGUGUGUGGGAGAGUCCAAAACAGUGAGUGUGCGGGGACAGAGGAGGAGGGGCAGGAGGCCAGUGCUGGGGAGAAGGAAAGAUAUGCGUUGGAGGGGAACUGGGUGCAUGUGGUGGUGAAAGGGGAGAAGGCGGAGAGAUUGCGGUUGCAAGAGAUCGUGCAUGUGCGUGUGGUGAGCACGGAUGGGUUGAAUGCGGUGAACAGUGAGAACGAGGAAUUUGGGAUGGAGGAUCAGGAGGGAGUGGGAAUAGAUGGCGGUAAGUGGGAACGAGAAUUGGAGGAGGAGGAUGAGGAGGAGGAAGAGGAGGAGGACGGUGACGACGAAAGGGAGGAGGAGGAGGGAGGGGAGGAGGAGGCUAUUGAUAGUGAUGAGGGAGAGGAAGGCACAGUGGGGGGCUUCGAGGAAGAGGAAGCGGGAGCAGUGGUAGUAAAUGAGGAGGAGGGAGCGGAGGAAGAGGAGGAGGAGGAGGAAGAGGAGAAGGGAGAGGAGGAAGAGGAGCAAGAGGAUGCGGAAGAGGAGGAGGAAGAGGAGCAGUGGAAGCAGGAGUUGUGGAGUGAGUUAGAUAGGAUGGUGGCUGAAGUUCAGGAUGUGGGUGGGGACCACAUGGGUGGGGACCACGUGGGUGGUGCAGGGAGGGAGGUGUCUGUGGGGAUGGGUGAAGGCAGCGACAGGGAGAGAGGGGAUGGCGAGGAGGGAGGUGUGGCAUGGAGCCAUGUGCAUGGGAUGGCAGCAGGGGAUCUAUAUGCACAUGGAACUGCCGUGCCAUCUCCCUCCCGCACAACGCCUCUCAUCGUGCCUUCUCCCUCCCAUACAGCCAUGCCAAUCCCUCCAUCCCCUUACCCAGCGCCUUGCUCCAUCUCUCCCCACGCCCCACCAUCACUCAUACCUACGGCCCUCCCUCUGCUGCCUCCUGCUCCUCCUCUGAUGCCCCGUGCCCUGCCUCUGUCUUCUGCACUUGGUGCAGGAGAGAUAGAGGCAGAGGGACAAGAUGAGGGGCGCGAGGGUUUGGGAGUUGUGGGGUUGCAGAGGGGUGUUGGACAAGGGAUGGAAAGGGAGAGGUCAGAUCCAGGGGAGGUGGGUGGGAGGUGGGGCAAGCGGCAGAGGGUGGAAGUGGGGGGAUCAGCAGCAGAGCCCCUCCAACCGGACCGCUUGGAGGGGCAUGGAGGUGGUGGCAUAGUGGGGCAUGGUAACCGUGGCAGGGUGGAGCGCGGUGAUGGGAAUGUGAGGCUCAACUCGGGUGCAACCACUGGGAUUCCUGCUGGUGAGAGGAGCAGGAGGAGGGAGGAGCAAGGGACGAAUGCAGGAAGGAUAGUGGCUGGGGAAGGGACUUCGGGAGGAGGAGCAGCAGAGGAAGGAGAGCGUGGGGAGGAAGUGGGGAACAGCAGUGGCGGGAUGAGGGUGGAGAGACGAGGAGGGAGAGGAGAAGGAGAAGGGGCGAGGAGCACACCUGUGGUGCAGAGGAUGGGAGAAGAGAGGAACGGAGGAGGUGGGGGAGGUGUGAGGAGAGCACGUGAGGAGAAGGGAGGGAGGAUUGUGGAAGGGGAGAGGAGGAGUUUUGAAAGAGGGCGAGGGGAGGAGAGGAAGAGAAUGCAGGGCGUGAAGUGGGAUCGCUUGGGAAGAGGAGGCGAGAAGAGAGUGCAGGUGGGGGAAAACGGAGUGGUGAUUGGCGGGAGAGGCGUGGAGAGAGGUGGGGGAGGAGUGGAGAUGGGCGGGAGAGGAGUGGAGAUGGGCGGGAGAGGGGUGGAGAUGGGCGGGAGAGAGGAGGAGAUGGGUUACGGAAGGAGAUUGCACAGGGAAGAAAGGAGGGGAGAAUGCAGCAAGGGAUGGGGAAACGCAUAG